AUGGCUUCUCGAUGCCCGCGCUGCGCCCUUCCAGAGAAUGGGGAGGCGCUCUGGCGUGGAAUCCCCUCCCCAAGUCUUGCUGAGCAGCGUGCUGAUUAUCAUUUUAUUGUUCCCAAUCUACAGCCCCGCCCUCACAACUUCGGAAUCUCGAGUCCUCUUCCCAACGGUGCUGCGACGAGCGGCCCUGUCCCAGGCGCAACUCCUCUCCUCCCCAAUAAUGGAAAAAUCAUCCAGAGCGGGCCGGUGAGGGUUCUUUGUGUCGCAGAUGUCAGAGGCAACUUGAAAUCCUUGAACGAGCUCGCCAAGCAGGCUAACGCUGAUCACAUCAUCCACACUGGCGAUUUUGGCUUCUAUGAUGAUACCUCGCUAGACAGAAUUGCUGAUAAGACCCUGAAACAUGUGGUUCAGUAUUCGCCUCUCCUGCCAGACCACGUGAAGCGCACAAUUUCUCAAAUUCCCCCACAACAGCCAGUCAAGGCACGCUUUACGCCCGACCAACUUCCUCUUUCAGAGCUUCCCCAACUUCUCGACAAGCGACUCACCCUCGAUGUCCCUGUUUAUACCGUGUGGGGUGCCUGUGAGGAUGUGAGGGUCUUGGAAAAGUUCCGUUCAGGCGAAUAUAAGGUCGACAACCUUCACAUUAUCGAUGAGGCUAACUCUAGGCUUCUGGAUAUCGGAGGCAUCAGGCUCCGUCUUUUGGGUCUAGGCGGUGCUGUUGUCAUGCACAAGCUGUUCGAUAAUGGGGAGGGCAAGACAACGAUUGCAGGCGGCCAGGGAACCAUGUGGACUACUCUUCUGCAGAUGGGUGAGCUAGUCGACACAGCCAACCGUGUCUACGACCCCUCUGAAACUCGUGUCUUUGUUACGCAUGCCUCGCCGGCUCGUGAGGACUUCUCGAUAUCUGCUGGUCUACAUUUCCGAUACGGCUCAUCCUACAAUGAAUUUUCCGUAAACCCUACAUUGGAUCAUUAUCGUGGCAAACUCGCUGCAUCCAAAGCAUCAUUCAACGAUGUUUGGGAUACCGUGCGUGCUGAGGUAGAGUCUGCAAUUUCCUCGAACGAGGCUCAGAAGACUUUGUUGGACAAUGCUUUGGACAUCGUUGAGAAGAUGCCUUCUGUAGCUAAUGGCGGAAACCCAUUUGGUGGCCCUGUCGCUGCCGCCAAUGCUGGAGGUCAAGUGGAUGAGAGUGCUUUUAAGAACAUGUGGAACUUCAACUUGGCUGAUGCCGCUUUUGGUUAUCUUGUGCUUGAGGUCGAAGGCGGUCGGAUCGGGACCGAAAUGCGCGCCCAAGGAUUCAACUUCUCUCACAGGACUGGCAAGCCCGGUGCUGCUGUACCUGCUGGUCAGCUCGGCGGUGCAACUACCCCUCAAUUUGGCCAAGCUCCUCCUGCUGGUCGAGGCGCACCAUUCCAGCCUUCCCCAGUGCCCCAAGUUAAAGCCCAGGCCCCGCCAGCUACAACUGUGUCCCCAGCUCCUGUUAUUCCCAAGUCUGCUACUCCUCAGCCCGCUUCGACUGAGAGAGAGGCCAAUGGUAACAAGGAAGCAGAAAAGCCAUCAGAAUCUCCAGCCCUCAAAGGAGAGAAAAAGCAAAGCAAUGGUCUUUUCAUCUCGAAUGUUGAGAACGAGCAGGCAGCUCGAGACCUUUUCCCGGAGGAGGACCAAGGGAAGAUUGUCAAGGUUGAGAAAUGGGGCAAAUUUGGUCACGUCGUAACCUUUGGUACAGUUGAAGAGGCCAAGGCUGCGUUGGAACGACAGCCUGCUGAGCACAAGAAGCCUACACCACAGGGUCAACCUCGCAAGCCGAACGUCAAGUUCUUUGAGGACCGUGGUUCUCGCCGUGAAGGUAAUGCGGGAACAUGGCAAGCUAGCUCCCGUGGUGGUGCUUCAGCACAGCCUCGUGCCGGAUACCAAAGCGGCGCCAGUGACAGCGAAACUGGACGUGGUCGUGGAGGCUUUGGCCGAGGUCGCGGUCGCGGCUCUGACCGUGGCGGACGAGGUCGUGGACGUGGUGGAUUCAACAGGUCUGGCGACUCUCCAGCUUCAAGCGAGAAGCCUGCUGCCACUGGCGGUGAAUCUUGA